CUUGCUAGGUAUUUUGUUCUUUCUUUUCGUCACUUUCAAUCCAUCAUCCACUGGCAAAAUGAAGUUCACUCUUGCCGCAGCUACCGCCAUUCUCGCGACCGUCGCGUCGGCGAAGAACUGCAAGAACGUUACUAUCCCCAUCACCGCCUCUGCGCGAAAUGGUGUCUUUAACGCCACGAUUCCGACCACGGAAAUCGAAAUUACCGACCUCAUCCUGAACCUCGCCCAGCAGGGCGCCAACUACUCAGCGGCAACCCUAACUGGCUACGAGACUGUCACCGGCAACUUCGACAUCGCCGCCACCUACUGCGAGCCCGACGCCGGCCAAUCGAGCGCCCUCCAGAUCCUGACCCACGGCAUCGGCUUUGACCGCUCCUACUGGGAUCUGCCCUUCAACAACUACAACUACAGCUAUGUCAACGAGGCCGUCGACCAAUACGGAUUCUCCACAUUCUCCUAUGACCGUCUGGGCAUCGGCCAGAGCUCGCACGGCAACCCUCUCACCCAGAUUCAGGCCUACCUGGAAGUGAAUGCCCUCUACCAGCUGACCAAGAAGUUGGAGGCGGGCUCCAUUCCCGGCAUCCCCGGCGGCUUCGAAGUUGUCUCCCACGCCGGCCACUCGUUCGGCUCGCAACACACCUACCUGCUGACCGCCAUGUACCCCAACAUCUCCAAAUGCAUCUCCCUCACCGGCUUCAGCCAAAACGGUUCCUUCGUUGCCGACUUUGAGUUCGCCGCAAACCUGGUCCAGGCCAACACCGUUUCAGCAUUGAGCUCGUACCCUGACGGUUACUUUGCCAAUGCGAACAUGCAAUCCGUGCAAUACGACUUCUUCAGCCCGGGCGACUUUGACCCCAACAUCCUCACCUACGCCUACAUGAACGGCCAGCCCGUGACCAUUGGCGAGCUGUUGACCAUCGGCGGAGAGAUUGCCGUUCCAAACACCUUCCCCGGCGCUGUGCACAUCGUGACAGGUGGCCGAGACGUCCCGUACUGCGGAGGAAACUGCCUCGCAGCACCGACCGGCUACCCCAACAUCCCCAGCACGUCGAAGAAGUACUUCACCGAUGCCAGCGUGUUCAACGUGACCAUCAUCCCCGGCGCCGGCCACGGUCUGAAUCUCGAGUACGACCACCCCACCACCUACGCCAGCGUGCUCAACUUCUUGCUCCAAAACGGCUGUGGUCCUAGCGGCUCUACCACCAACAGCACCAGCACUGGUAGCUACGGCGGUAGUGGUAGCACCAGCACCGGCAGCUCUUGGCCGUCAUCGAAGUAAAAGGAUGAAUAGUUGCUCUACCCGUGGAGGAAAAACGUGUGGAAACAAAGAAUAAUAGGAAUAAUUGGAUACCCUUUCAUACGGAAUAUUGCAAGCAUUAGCCGUACACGAGAACACAUGAAGCUGUAAUACUACAUCGAACAUCGAAG